UGAGUUUUGACAAUAAUAGCUUGCCGCUUGAUCGCGGCGUUAUUAAAAUAUCGUAGUUUAAGCAAAUUCUGCUAAAAAUAUACAAGCAUCAAAUUCGAUUGUAGUUUUCAAGUGACUGAAUAGUAUUUAUUUAACAAAUUUUUGGAUAAGUAUCUGGUUGCUUCCUUUUCUUUGAAACAAAUUCGAUAUAAGUUUCUGGACAAGAUGAUUGAAAAAUUGCACGGUUUGCAAGCUACGAAUAUUUCUCUAAAUGACCGAUUCACGUUACUGGCUACCACGGCACCCAUCACCCGCAUCGCGAGACCGCGGAGGCGGUCCUCGGGAAUGUAUUCCCUGAAUCAAAACGCUAAUCGCCUUCUGAUUGAACAAAUCGCACAACGUUUAGGACAACAGUCAAAGCGGUAUGCUGUACAACAAAGACUAGGUUUGACUGGACUGCGUCGGUUUGGAAGUGAGAGUAAUCUAGCUCGUCUGCCGAGAUCCAAUAGCAUUAGCAAUUUGAACCAAAACACCAAGAAUAGAUUGUCUUGGAGACAGUCGAAUGGCAAUAUAAGUCGGUCAUCAUUCCGAAGCGCCUCCCCGAGUCCGUGGCGAGGCCGCGGUUUCCGUCGUCGUGGCGGAGGGAUGGGACUCACGAGGGGAAGAUUUAGAGGCCGCGGCGGUCGCCAGCAGCUAGUCGGUCGAUUGCGCAACCAGCAGGGCAACCAGCAGGGCAGCCAAAGAGGGCGGGGCCGUGGCAGGGGGAGGGGCAGAGGAAGAGGCAGACCAGCCAAUGGUGCCCAAAACAAAAAACAGGUUCCGACAAAGGAGGAAUUGGAUCUUCAACUGGAUCAGUACAUGGCCAGCACUAAAACGGCUCUGGACAAAGAGUUGGACGAAUAUAUGAAGACAGCCAUGGAGGAAUGAUGUUGUUAGAAUGGCAUAACGGACAAAAUGUGAAGUGCCCGGUUAUAUAGUAUGGAUACAUUGACAGUUUGGAAUAAGUUGAUUCAUUAUGUGCUGUCACAUUUUUGUUUCUCCAAGGAGUGCAGUGGAUUUCAGUAGAAUAUAAUAAUUUGUGACCUCUGAGUUAAUUAACUGUAUCUUUUUUUCUAGAUACAUGUACACAGAGUGAGUUUUGUUCAGUGUUGCCCGCGACGUGAAUAUCGCUGUUGAGUUUAAAUAGUCUGCCUGUUUCCUGUUCCUAUUAUUCUUAUGAGGUUACUCGGUAACCAGUGAACACUUACUCUAUCGUUUAUAAUUUACAAAUGUUGUGUACUCAUUUAAACUGACAUACAAUUGGGGUUUUUGUAAUUAUAAUCAAUAUAUAUAUAUAUAAACAUAUAUAUAUAUAUAAAUAUAAAUAUAUAUGUAUAUCUAUAUAUAAGCACAUGUAAUUAAAUCAUUUCAUAUUAACAUUAAUGCUCUAUAACAAAUGAGUCAGCCAGUUUCUACCCAAAAAGACCGAUUCCGAAUCUGGCUUCACUCGUAUAAUCAAAAUCAAAGAGUUAUUCGAGCUGAAAUCUACUGCCGUCAAGACAAUUGUAAAUACAUAGAUGUUAGUGAUUGAAGAGGUCCGUGUUUUAAAUUAAUAUUUUUGUUAUUUUUUGUUUGCUGGUGCGUUCUGUUCAGUCCAGAUGAACAGUCUAGAAUGCCCUUCACACAUUCUCAUUUGAUUUUUGUUUAUUGUAUGUUAAUUAAAAUUUACUUUCACUCGUUGAUUGAAAUCUUCUUAUAUGACUUUGUUUUCUUCCAGUAACAAUUAAUCUGUAAAAGUCACUUCAGUUCCAUCGAGGAAUACAUAUAUAAGGCACGGUUUUGACCAUUUAAGUAAAAUCUCACAGAAAAUAAACAAGAAAGAUAAACACAAGUGAAUUAUGUAUUCUUAAUGUGUUCAUAUAGGAUUUUUAUUUCAAAUUUGUUAAUAGAAAACAUGUUUCUGUUUAUUAAAUUUAUCUCGUUUCGUUGUCGUCACAGUUCCAUCGGUUUUUGUAUGUUAACAUACAUUACCUUUCAUCAAAUAAAUCCAUCCCCACAUUCACAAGUGCCUCGGUAAUAGUUGUGAUAGGUGUAGAUUUUUUUUCGAUGUGUAAAUAACUCGAUUAAAGAUUGUUGUUUGCUAUUAAAAUAUCUCUUUUUGUAA